AUGAAGUCUGUCAUCACAAUAGCUAUUGCGGCAACUCUUGCUGCCGGGGCCGCCGCCCAGCCUCACAACCACCAGCACCGUCACCAGCACGCCCGCCACCAGCACGAGCACGGCGCCGAGCUGCUCAAGGAACGCGGCACCCCGUCCCUUAACGAGCGUUCUCCCGCCGUUGACUACCAGUUCGUCGAGGAGACCGUUUACGUCGACGUCAAUGGCAACCCCAUCUCCGCCUCGGAGGCCGCCGAGGGCCUAGCCGACGGCGCAUACGAGGUUGUAGGCGAGUCCGAGCCUUCGUCCACCACCCCGAUCGCGACCUCGACGCCCCUCGGCUCUGCCUCCACCAGCGCCUCGUCGGCCGUCGCUGCGACCACGUCGACCUCCGCCGCGGCCGCUGCCUCCACCAGCAGCUCCUCGUCCUCGUCCUCGUCCUCGUCUUCGUCGGGCGCGACUGGUGUCGAUGCUGACUUCCCUGAUGGCACCAUCGACUGCACUACGUUCCCCAGCGCGUACGGCGCCGUCGCCGUUGACCAGACCACCGUGUCCCCCUGGGUCGGCUACCUGGACGUGGGCACCGACAACUACGAGCUCGGCCAGACCGCCGACAUCACCGUCUCCUUCUCGGAGCCCACCAGCGGCGACCCCCAGGCUGGAUACUUUGUCGGCUAUGCCUGUCCCGCCGGCUACGACCAGGCGCAGUGGCCUGCUGCCCAGGGCAGCUCCGGCCAGUCCAUCGGCGGCCUGUGGUGCGGCAGCGACAACAAGCUUCACCUGACCCACUCCACCUCGACCAAGCUCUGCCAGAAGGGCGCCGGAAACGUGCAGGUCGUCAGCGAGCUGAGCAAGUCCGUCUACAUCUGCAAGACCUGGUACCCGGGUAACGAGGGCAUGUACCUGCCCACCGAGGUCGCCGCCGGCGAGACUGUCGAGCUCUACAACCCGUACCAGAGCGAGUCCUUUGAGUGGGAGGGAUCCACCACCUCGGCCCAGUUCUACAUGAACCUGCAGGGUCUGACGGCCGCCCAGGCCUGUGUCUGGGACAGCCCGUCCCCUUACGCCGAGAAGGCCGGCAACUGGGCUGGUGUCAACCUGGGUACCAGCGUCGACACGACCGGCACCACCUACCUGUCCAUCUUCCACAACACCCCCACCAGCGACGCCGCCCUGGACUACAACAUUGUCAUCAGCGGCAGCGAUGUCGACGGCACCCCUUGCAAGUACACCUACAGCAGCAACUCUUUCUCCGGCAGCGCCAGCAACGGCUGCACUGUCUCAACUGUUGGUGGUACGGUCACCGUUACGCUGUCCGACUAAAGAAAGAAAAGAAGAAAAAAAGUCGCAUGGCCUAGAUGACAUGGUCGCGCUGCAUUUUUCUCCUGUCUAGCGUCAUCUUUUUUUUUUUUUCCCCUUUCUUUUAUUCUUCUUUACUUGAUACCUCGAAAGAAAUGGCAGCGCCUGCGUCUCACCCUCGAGCAUAUCUCUCUACCCCGGGGGGAAGUGAUUGAUACCCGGGACGCAGGUUCUGCCGUAACACAAACACCUAUUAACCUGCACAUAAUUGCUAUUUGUUAUUUUACCUUUGAGAACGGGGGUGGAGGGGCCCAAGUGCAAGAAAUCUGAACCCGGACCCAAUCUUGGGAAUCGCAGCUUGAGACAAAAUUUAAAAGACAACCAA